AAUGUCACCCCCCCCCUCCCUAAACCAGGCUCAAGAAGAUAGGAGCAAAAACAUCGCAUCGCGUUUGGAAGUGGCAUAGUUUUGAUGAAAGCCAGACGAUGAGACUCAACCGAACGCGAGCAAAGAAAGGAAACCGUGGUGCGGUCAUCUCGCGCCAAUGAAGACGAUAAGUUUACCGGCUUGGAAAGACGCCUUCGUCUAUAGUGUGUGGAUCCUUUCCAGCAUACUUUUUCAUUCCAUCAAUUCUAAUGACACUGUUUCUUCUCUUCACUUCAGUACGGUCAUUAUUUCAAGAUUUAUUUUUUUUCUAUUUGAAAAUUAUUUCUACAUCACGAACUGGUAAAAUUCAUUGCAAUCUUGUUUUUUAAAAAUAAUAUCGAAUAAACAGCAUGUUUGUCUUGGUUUGGAAAUGCGUCGAAGGGAGAAACACGAUGACAAAGAUAAGUUCAGUACAUAGGUACGGCGUUGAGAAAAACGACU